AUGUCCGCGUUGGCCACCGAAACAACCGGCGAAGUAGUGUCGCACUGCGCAGUGGUCGCCACGGCGAGUGCAGGCAGGUGGCGCGGUCCACGGAGCGGAGGCGGGCGUCUCGGGCGAGGUGCGCUCACGCACUGCCCCAGCCCGCAAGUUAUCACGCCGCCGACGGAGAAGUCGACAGGUAGCAAGCUCGCCCGCGUUAACGGCGAAUCGGUCUAUAGCUUUGUUUGGGUCCCUGCGGUGUUGUCUCCGUGCCUUUAUUAU